AUGCCCAAGAUUAUUGGAUAUACACCGCCGUUCCUGUCGCGACCGUCGCCAGGCUCCAGAAUCUUCACGGACCCGGAGCCUCAAUCGCCUGCCUCUCCCUCCAAACGCACCUCUUACCUCGGCGCCCUCCCUUCGACACAAUACCAAGGACCUAGAAGAUUGGUCGCCAGCAGGGGGACGGAAGUCUUUACGGUCGUGGGGAAUAAAAUCAGAUGGGCAGACCUCAGCGCAGUUCGGGAUGAAUGGGAGGACAGCACCCAGUCUGGCACCAGUCGGUUUGGCCAGUCUCGCUCCGACGCAACGGAGGCCACUGGAGACAGCGUCUACAGAACCCUAGCUGUUCCUGUCUAUUAUCAGAUUCGUCAAAUUUCGAUCUCCCCGUCCGGCCUGUUUCUGGCAAUAUGUACUGAACAUACUGUCCACAUCGCAGUGCUUCCAGAUCCAUCACGGCUGAAGGAGCAUGACCGCUCACCAUUGAAAGUGAAAACAUACCAACUGGGUCCUACGGUCCAUGUCAUACCAGAAUCUCCGCUCGCAUCUGUGCUAUGGCACCCCUUGGCCUAUGCUACUGCUUCCACGGAUUGUCUUGUUACGGUUACUGCCGAAGCAGCGGUCCGAGUUUGGGAAUUCGACAAGGCAAACGGCUGGUCUCUCGACCGUCCAAAACUGGCCAUAGACCUCCGCAAACUCGCCGAUGGCGUCUCGUGCGACCAAGACUUUGAGCCGUCUGGCUUCGGCAAAACUCGUGGAUUUUCCGUCGAUGAUUUCGACAUGGAGGUUUCUGCCACGUGUUUUGGUGGUCGGGGUAGAGAGGACGAAGAUGCCUGGGCGAGCAUGACCCUUUGGGUUGCCAUGAGGAACGGGGAUCUGUACGCUCUGUGCCCACUGCUACCAUCGAGGUGGAAGCCAACGUCAACCACUAUUCCCUCGCUAACCACGACUGCUGUCUCACGAAUGGCGGCAAUCAAUGACGACGAGACAGACAUGGACGAAAGACGGGCCGCGGACCAGCAGUACGAGUGGGUCCAAGAAAUCGACAACGAGGAGCCCCAGAUUCAUCAAUCGACGGAUAGCCUUGGCGAAUUUGAGUUUCGUUUUAGACCGCAGAACCCGAGCGCAAUUCCACGCCUUCAAGGGCCUUUUACGAUUGUCCCCGAGGAAGAUGCUACGGAGAUUGAGGUGUCCGAUAUCCACAUAUUUCCUGCGAAGCUUGAUGAACAAGACCUUUUUGAGGGUGAGGACGACUAUGAAAUCGACCAGGGACUUGUCCAGCCUAUCCCCUUCACAACUAUUUGUGUGACCACAGCAGAGAAUCAAGUUUGGUUUGCUAUUGACCUCGAUGGCGUAACAGGACAGUGGCUGCCCAAGAAAGGGAAAAGCACAUUCGGGGUGCCUUCAUCCGACGCUACAGCCCUUACAUUGGUCGAUGUCGUGACACUUGACGGAUCGGCCACGGAUGCUGCAGGUAGUUGGCCCGUUUUCACGCAGGACAUUGCCCACAAUUAUUCAAUUUUUGUGACCACCUCGAAGCAUGUCUACUCAUUGUCCUUGAAUGAUUGGGUUACUCAGCUAGGUGCCGAACUAUCUGGGACUGAACCUGUCGAUCCUGGCCUGAGGACUAGGCUGGAAACCCGAUGUCAGAGUAGAGUCUGUCUGACCGACAAGUUAAUUGAGGUCCGCGAGCCUUCAGAGGCCCUUUCGGCGCCAACCAUCAUUGACGAUACGUCGUUGGGAUACUUCCUCCUGACUGCAACUUCGAACGCUCCUUAUGGAGUGGUUUUCGACCAGGUGCCUAUAGGUACUUCAACUGUCGGCCCUUCACUUACAGAUUUCACAAUGUCGUCUAGUCAUCUAGAAUCUCAACUCGCAAAUAUUCCGAGCUCGCCCAUCGAAACGGUUCCUGCGCGAGAGCCAUAUUGUCCUCCGAAGAUCUUCUACUUCAACCAGCAUAUUCCAAUCGAUUCCAUGCGCCAACGUCUACCACCACAUCUCAAAAAAGCCAUUUCCGAACGACCUAUGCGUUUGAGCCCGGCCAUGCUAGAGAUUAUGACUUUCGCCCACCGCGCGGUCGGUGUGCAGUCUGCUGGACUCGAGAAUGCAGCUGCCGAACUCUUCCGGCGGUGUGAGCGCCUCCGAGUCGAACUUGCUGGCCAGGUCAAGCAGAUGACCGAACUCGCUCAACAACUGCAGCGUCUUACUGCUAGUACGGAAGAAGAUGAAAAUGGCAAUGUCAAGGAAAGGAAGACGCCCGAGACGAGGAUCAAGGAGGCGCGAGAGAGGCAGAGCAAGCUGGUGGCGAGAUAUGAGGCGCUUAGAAGAAAGGUGGGACGUGUCGGAUCGGCGAACAGGGAGCUGAGCUCUAAGGAGCUCGCCUGGAUGCAUGAGAUUGAGAGCCUUGGUCGGAAUGUCGGUAUUGUUGGUGAGGAGGAGGACGACGAGCAAGAGGGUGGCAGACGAGACACCACUCUCGACAAGCGAUUUGCGACGGUCAAACAACUUACUCGUUCCCUGGUAGAAGAGGCUCACGGCAUUGAAAAACAGCAGCAACAACCCCCAGCCUCACCAAAAGGUCCCCCAGCCCUGGACGCAUCCAUAUCCUCGAUCUCGGCAUCAUCGAUCACGCCAUCUAUGUCCGCGUCACAAAUCACUCUGACAUCCCGGCCCAGCGGAGCCGCCGCGUCCCCGAGAAGCUCCAAAUUCAGCGGACUGGGUGUUUCCAGCCGACUGCAAAAGGAAGCCAUUGCGGAUAUUAUGGCCGCGGUCGAGAGAGAAAGUGCCGUGAUCGAGGCGGCCAUGAGACGACUCGAGAGACUUAAGAUGGAGUAUUAG